AUGGAGCAACUCUCCCAAAGUACGACAAACCUUUGGGAUGGUGUGGGAUGUGGCGGGUCUCAGAAAUGCGAACUCGCGACCCUGGACUUCAUGCGGAGAAAAGAAGGUCCGGCCUGGGACUACGAGGAAGUCGAUGUUUCGGACUUCCUCAAGAAGGAGUUCUCGGAAGGCUGCGAAGUGGAUGCGCUGCAUGCGAACGAAUGGCGUCCAGGGAUACUGGUGAGGCAGUCGAAAAGACGGAGUCAUGGUCGCGAUCUCGCUUGGACAGUAAGAUGCGAGAAGACCCACGAGUUCUUUGACACCACCCAUAUCCGGCACAGGCACCGUUUGGAACGGUUGUUGAUAUCUGGCCAAGGUCAGGAGCACAUUCAUGCCCUGCUGCGCCAGUCCUUGGGCGCUGUGCUUGUGGAAUGGUGCGAUCCUACAAGGCUGCCCACGGGAGUACCGGCACUGAGAGUGGGAAUCCAGAUUCCCGACGUCUGCGCUUUACAGGAUCUCCGUGACCGCAUCCUGGCAGGGGAACUUGAGGAAAGCUUCAACAGAAGGCUAGCUGAGACGAAUGGUACCUACCAAGUGAACUUCGACAAGACUCGCUUCCUGGAGCUCUACGAAGACAGCCUGUUCAGCUUCGAGGGCCUGACCACACACCAGCAAGCCAAGCUGCAGGAGAUGAAGGGCUUAACGCAGAUUCACCUGUCUGCGCCCGCCGGAGCUGGUAAGACCUUCGUCGCGGUCCAGUAUGUACUUGACCAAUUGAUGGCUAGUCCCUCUGCCCGGGUACUCUAUGUAGCCCCCAGUGAUUCCCUGGGUCUGCACUUCGUGCAGUGGCUUUCAACACGUCUUUCCGCCAAGACGGGCCGCGACGAGCUGGAGCUCUGUAGGACAAAGCUGCGUGACGUGCUCUCGAGGCUCAUGCUCCUGCAUGCCCCAUACGAGACGCUUCUGCGGCCAGAGCUGAACGGGGAUCAGAUCCUUCGGAAAGCUGCGGACAACGUGGAAGCUUUUGACCUGAUCGUCUUCGACGAGGCUCAUAAGAUCUUCUGCGGAGAUGCGGUGACGAGAUGCCAAGUUCUUUCACGAGAAUCAGUGACAGGUGGAAAGAGCAAGCUGCUGCUCUCGGAUUUGUCCCAGGCACCGGCAGUGAGCCAAAGGUAUCCCAACAUGACAAGAGUGAACCUUACAGAGGUUGUAAGGAGCACGCAGUGCAUCGUCGCUGGGGCUGCGGUCUUUCGCCUGAGCUCCGAGGACAAAACGCCCGUGACCUCCCUGGGUACACAUGGCCCGCCCUUGCAAACAUUUCUCUUCGAAUGUGCUGACAUGGGGCCCGGUGAAAAGUAUGCCGAAUAUGCCAAGCAUGUGAUCACCGCUCUGUGGCAAGUUGCGCAGUCCUUUCCGGGCACAAGUCUGCACCGCCGCGUGGUCUUGCUCGUUCCAAAUUCUGCCUUCUGCCGCCACUUCAAGCCGAUCCUGCAAGAAAGGCUGCGCAAGGAGCUCCCCCAUCGGCGCUUGCGUUUGGUCUCCUUUGAGGAUUCCUUAAGCUCCCUUCACGAGCGCCUGCGCGGCCGAAGGGUUCCCGAGAAGCACCAGCAGGAGAACCUGAUCUUGGACUGCAUUGACAACGCAGAUGGCUUGGAAGGGCUUGUGGUCCUUUGCAUCGGCUUGGAUGCAGCGAUCAAGUUCGACGCCGCCGAUGUGCAGACACGUUCCCAAGUGUACCGUGGCAUCACUCGGGCCCAGUUGCUGGCAAUGGUCGUAAACGAGCACGUGGAGGGUGGCUGGCUAGAGUUCCUUGGAGCAGUGAAGUUCUCGAAGGACUUGCCGGUGCAGCGGCCGGCAGCCGGUAAAGCUGCGGCUCAGAUCCAGGAACGGGCAGUGCACAACAGCGCCGGCGUCGCCGUCAAGAGCCUGAAGGGGUUUUGGCCUCUGCGCGUGUGCUCACACCUUCAGCGCCUCAUGGCCUCUCUGGCUUCCAUUGGAAAGUGUUGCAAAGGCCACAAGAGCCGGGCAAGACGCAAAGUGGCGCCAUCCCCGCAGGACUCGCUGCCUCAGAAGGCUUCGCCCCAGAAGGUCAAGGCGGUUCUGCACAGAUCCGCGGUCUGGGACACAACUGGAAACACCCUCCUUCGACCGACCAAGCUUCAGUUCAACCCUUUGGGAAAGCAGGCCCGCUCGCUGCGUGUCAAGAAGGCAAACGUCAUGGACCACUACGACCACUACGAGAAUGAGAUCGACCCCGGCGCUGCCAUGGCAGUCGAACGCUUGGCACUGGCACGUCUGGAACAGUUUGGAAGGGUGGAGGAAGCCACGAGGGCUCCGAAGAAGAGGAGUGGAAUCGUCGACUGGAAGGACUAA